AUGAUGAGGAUUUCAAUGACACACGCCGCCGUAGCGGCUGUCAUGCUGUUCUCGGCGGUCGCCUCUGCCUUCACUAUCAAGCCUGGUGAUAAGGUUCCCUCUGCAGACUUGCACUUUGGUUUCCCACCCAUUUUUGUCGACACUGCCGAGUACCUCGCCGACCGAAACGUCCCGGGAUACCUUGAGGCUGAGGACGCCCUCAAGGAAGCCGGGGUCGACGAGGUGUUGGUCUACUGUGUCAACGAUGCCGCCGUCAUGAAGGGCUGGGCAUUGGACCAGAAGACCGAAGGCACCAUCGUCACCAUGAUGGGUGACCCCCACUGUGAAUUUACCAAGGCCUGCGGCAUGGAAAUGACCCACCCAGGACCACCCAGUGUAGGAAUCAUUGGCCGAUGCAAGCGUUGGGCCAUGUAUGUCGAGAAGAACAUCGUCAAGCACGUUGCUGUGGCGGAAGGCGAAGACGAUCCUGCUGGUGACGACGACCCGACAGUCACUCUGGCCCCAGGCAUGCUCGAGGCUGUGAAAUCAGUCGUUGUCUAA